AAUGACACCAACAACUGUUCUACAAUCACAUCGAGCGAUCAAGCAAGGAGGCAAGAAAAGAAGAAGCCAAGUUGUUGUCGCUCCUUCCUUUUGCUUGUGCCGGUCUUGCGGAGGCGGACGCGAUGGAUCUUGCCACGCUCUCAAACGAAGCUGGCCAAGACAUCACUGAGGAUGUGAAGAUCACGCAGGGGUGGCUGAUGAAGCGAGGCAAAGUCAACAAGGCCUUUAAGAAGCGCUGGUUCAAGUUCAAGGACGGGUGUCUGACGUACCAGGUGCAAGCCGGCGCCCCUGCGCGGGGCACCAUCCCGUUAUCGCAGAUUGAGAGCGUCGUCAUCUCCAGCGGGGCGCCCGCAGAGCUGUACAUCCAGGUCCCUGGCCGCGUCUACAUCAUCAGGAGCGUGGAUGAGAGCGCAUGGACGCUGCGGGGCUGGCUGCGUUCCAUCCAAGAUGCACGAAGCAACACCAACACGGACAGCAGACAACCACCGCGAUAGGCUGGAGACCACUUGUACGCACGUCGAUCACCAUAAGCCAGGCACACCAUGUUUGGUGCGCGCGUGAGUGAAGCGAGCGGGAGAGAGAGUGAGUGCAUGUGUGCGUGCGUGCGUGCGUGUGUGUGUGUGCGUGCGUGUGUGUGUGUGUGUGUGUGUAUGUUUGCAUGUGUGAGUGAGUGCAUGUGUGCGUGUUUGUAUGUGUGAGUGAGUGCAUGUGUGCGUGUGUGUGCUUGUUUGGCUGUCGCUGUGUCCUCUAAAAGGGCAGCUUGUGGGUCGUGCAGCAGUUUGUGAGACUGUCCAGCCCCCGUUCUGUGCGGCUUCCCAGCCAACCGCUUGCCCACUUCCUUCCUCGUUCUCCUCGCUCUCCUCGCCCCCUCCUCUCAACUCAUGCCAACAACGCAUGCUCUUGUUACGUGACAACUUCCCCGAUGCCUUGCUGGUCUGAUCGCAUCCUUGCCGCUGUCGCCUGUCGAAUCCCACGUCUUCUUGCCCCUGUUUCGUUCAUGUACACACGUACGCACUCUCGUGUUGUGAAACGGCCAUGCACUCAUCCACGCACGUGCUACCUUUUUGUAACCCUUCUCCUUCUCCCUCCUCCGCCGCCAGCGUGGCAGUGUCAAAGGUGCCCCUCGCUGCUGCCACACACUCUCUAAUCAUCUAUGUAAACGAAAUGCUUCCA